AUAGAUAUUGUAACUCCAUUUCCUUAAACAAAUGCGGCCAACGGGCCGGGCUAUAAGCUAGUAAACAAUUAGAUUACGAAGGUUCACACACUUUCAAAACAGGAGACGUGGAGUUGGGUGGCAAUCUGGUGUGGCGUAGGGCGUUGAUGAACAAGAACAAACAAACAAUAGCAAAAUCUAUCUCCCUGUAAUUAGCUCUCCUACCUCUCCAACCAACCAUAUCCCCCACAUUACACCGCACACCCUCCCCGCCUUUAUUGUAUCGCCCGUCUUCCUUCAAACCCCCAACCGACUACUCUUUUAUUGCUCCCCCCACCCUUCUCCCGCUGCCUCUCUCUGAGAUCUCGUUACCCAUCUCCCCCAUCUUCCACCACGUUGCCUCUUUCUCCUCCUCCCCACUCUCCCUUCAAAACCCAAUCUCAAGGGGGAAGAGAAUUCUUCGCGGUCCAGGAAUUGGGGAGACUCUUUGGUUGGACGGAAUGAAGGUCACAGUGGUUUCUCGCAGUGGCAGAGAGGUCAUCAAAGGAGGCCUCGACCUCAGCGAUUCGGCUACGGUGGCCGAUCUGCAAGAGGCAAUCCAUAAACGAACUAAGAAAUUCUAUCCAUCAAGACAGCGGCUGACCCUUCCCGUGCCAUCUGGUUCGAAAGAGAAGCCAACCGUUCUCAGUGCAAAGAAGAGCCUUAAGGAAUACACUGAUGGGAACUCAGACAGCUUGACCAUUGUUUUCAAGGACUUGGGUCCUCAAGUCUCCUACCGUACACUCUUCUUCUUCGAGUACGUUGGACCUUUGCUACUCUACCCCGUCUUCUAUUACUUCAAUGUCUAUGAAUUCCUCGGCUACAAGGGGUCCGAGCGUGUUAUCCACCCGGUUCAGACAUAUGCUCUGUACUACUGGUGCUUCCACUACUUCAAGCGCAUUAUGGAGACAUUUUUUGUGCACCGGUUUAGCCACGCCACCUCGCCUCUGUCCAACGUGUUCCGUAAUUGUGCGUACUAUUGGACGUUCGGUUGCUACAUUGCUUAUUACAUGAACCACCCGCUCUACACUCCUGUUAGUGACCUUCAGAUGAAGAUUGGCUUCGCCUUUGGUGCACUUUGCCAAGUCUCAAACUUGUACUGCCACGUCUUGCUGAGCAACCUGCGCAGUCCUGAUGGAAGCGGUGGCUAUCAGAUCCCUCGUGGGUUUCUAUUCAAUAUCGUCACCUGUGCAAAUUAUGCAACGGAGAUUUAUCAGUGGUUGGGUUUCAACAUUGCAACUCAGACCGUUGCAGGCUAUCUGUUCCUUGUGGUUGCUGCUUCCAUCAUGACCAACUGGGCUCUUGCUAAGCACCGCAGGUUGAAGAAGUUGUUUGAUGGGAAGGAUGGACGACCUAAGUACCCACUCCGAUGGAUCAUACUACCUCCAUUCCUGUAGAGCCACAUUGCUUCUCUACUCCCCUUUGUUGUUGGUUGCUUGAAAAAUGCUUUCUUGAUACUCGGAAGAACACUUAUUUCGCGUCGUGGUGGAUCAUUCUCUAAGGGGUUGAAGAUGGAAGGUCCUGGAUUUCCCAAUCAUCCCACUUAUGUAGUUGUUAGGUCUUUCGAUAUGGAAAUUGAUUGCUGGAAACCAGAGAUGGGAUGAUCCGGUCCUCCUUGGCGGGCUUUCUACAUUCAUACUCUUGGUUAACGUUUUAUUUAUCCCCGUUUUCCUGGUUAAGAUAGCUUAGACGGAACCAUUUGUUGUCUUAAUGAUCUUUGCUGUGGUGUUGAAUCUCUUCUAGGGUAUGAAUUCUUGUUGUACUGUCCUGAGUUAUAAAGCAGAGGGUAUGUUAGGCUCACAUCCGAUCCGAGUGUCAUCUCAUUUCUUUUUGUUCAAUCACAUAUCCUUUAUCUCAUCUUCGAAUUGUGAUCACCAUAUUCAUGUUUUGCAUCUAAUCUCAUUUGUUUAUGGAUUUGAUGCCUUAGUUGAUCCCAUACUCUUCGAUCUUAGAAGAGAUUGAAUAUGGCUCUGCCUGCAAACAAGUUUCCAAGUCAUCCAAGCAGUCAUUGAACAUGUUGAGUUUAUACACAAACAUCCCCUUUGACACGAUGACCACCAAGUCAUACACAUUCGGAAUUUCAGAUGCCAUCAUGCCCACUCACAAGAAAUCUAGAGCAAGUAUUGAUAGUCAUUUCAAAAUUAAGAACACGGUUUACAACAGUGCUAAUAUGGACGAUUACCUUGCGAGUAAAAGGAAAUCAUGCUUAGGAAAAAUGAUGACUAAUCUACAUGGACGUAAUGACGAUGCAACGUGAUAAAGGGUUGGCUUAACUUAUUAAUGCAAGUGGUAGGAACCUAGAAACGAGGGGGCAAUGAUAACGAUGGAUGUGGUGGAAUCAUGGUUGUCAUGCCGGUGGCAUGCCAUCCGGUUGAACCUGGUUCAAUCUGUGCCGGUCAUGAAAUCGGCAUGAUACCACCGGUAUGGUCGGUAUGAUCGACUUACGCAUUCUAAGUAAAAUGAUAUCAUUUUAAUGAGUUUAAUGAAUAAAAAAAAAUUAUUAUUCAUUUUAUGAAUGUAAUUGUUAAAAGUUGAUGAUAUUUGUUGGAUUGUAACUAAAUUGUCCACAAAUAUGUUUUAUAUGAUUAAAUACAUGAGAUAUUAAUUGUUUUCACAUUUUUGUAAACCGACAUGAACCGGCACAAACUGGUUAUACCACCGGUCGUACCAUUCUACUUGCCAAACCGACACAACGGUAUAAACCGGUUUGACAACCUUGGGUGGAAUCAAAUGAUGGUCGAGGCAGGGGAGCUCAAAAGCACAUUCACACUUCUUGAGAUCAUGAUUGCCACUGUUUUACAACCUUUUUUCCCUCCCAAAUCACAUGCUUAUGAUUUUUCUUCUUCUUCAAAUGGCUGCCUAAAAAAGCUACCAUGACAGCAAAACUUGCCUCGAGAUCCUGAAAAAAGAUUAGCGAUAAAGCUGUGAAAUGGGUCAGCCAUGGGCCAUGGACAAGAUUCAAAUUUUGGGCCCGUGACUUGGCUUUCUAGCUGUGUGGGCUGCUACGAGCUGAAUAUUCUCUUUUUCAAAAAUUAAUAAACAGGGGUUAAUUGCAUGGUUGGUCACUGACAUUACAAAAAGCGUUCAUGUUUGGUCACUAGAAAUAUUUAAAUAUAUUUUUGGUCACUAACUUUACAAAAACCGUUCAUUUAUGGUCACUCUCCGUUAGCUGCCGUCCAACGCCGUUAACGGCGUCCGUUAAGUGAUGACGUGGCUGACGGAUUCGCCUAAUCAGCACCUUUUAACCCGAAAAUUGACUGACCCGACCCGCCACAUCAUUUAAACCCUCCAUGUCAGCCAAACCUCUAACCAAACCAGGCAAGACCCAACCCACCAACAAAAAUGACCCACCCACCACUAAUCAAAACCUAAUUUCUAAAACCCUACAGGACAUUCCCCUUCUCCUCUCCAUCCCGCGCCGCCUUCAUCUCUCCCGCGAAAGUUCCUCUCCACUCGUUUAAUCGGCGACGAAGGAGGAAUCUUGGUCGACUAAGCAGAAAGAGAUGAAAACCCUAGAGAUUACCAAACGAAUUAAAGCAACAAAAAUUGCGAAGAACAUCAUACAUAUCAAUCUCCUGGGAAAGCAGCGGAAGGGAGAAAAAUCGAGAUUGAAAAGGGAAACCCAGACCCAUUAAUGGUACUGCUGUAGAAGCAGACAUUUUCAGCAGCUUUUCUUGGGAGCCAAACGGAAACGAAAAGAGCAAAAGCGGGGAGGGAUACAUGGCUGGUUUGUUGCUUUGCUCCCCUGCUGAUACUCUGCUAUGCUUUGCGCUUCUUGGUUACUCAAGGGAGAAGGGUAAAUUUGGUAAAAUAGAAUGGUAAACAGGAAGAGAGUGAGAAGGGGAAAUAAAAGGGGUAGUGGAAACUGAAAAUGAGUGCAACUGCUCCCUUUUUUCUUUUCCUUCGUCACCGUCUUCUUCUCCCUCAGCUCUUCACUCUGUGCCUGACCUCUCAAAUCCGCUCCACCUUUCCUUAUCUCCCGCUUCAUCAUUUCAUCAGAACCUUUGCUUCCCUGCUACCCGUGGAGAGGAACUUUCGCAGGAGAGAUGAAGGCGGCGCGGGAUGGAGAGGAGAAGGGGAAUGUCCUGUAGGGUUUUAGAAAUUAGGUUUUGAUUAGUGGCGGGUGGGUCAUUUUUGUUGGUGGGUUGGGUCUUGCCUGGUUUGGUUAGAGGUUUGGCUGACAUGGAGGGUUUAAAUGACGUGGCGGGUCGGGUCAGUCAAUUUUCGGGUUAAAAGGUGCUGAUUAGGCGAAUCCGUCAGCCACGUCAUCACUUAACGGAUGCCGUUAACGGCGUUGGACGGCAGCUAACGGAGAGUGACCAUAAAUGAACUGUUUUUGUAAAGUUAGUGACCAAAAAUGGAUUUAAAUAUUUUUAGUGACCAAAUAUGAACGCUUUUUGUAAUGUCAGUGACCAACCAUGCAAUUAACCCUAAUAAACAGAUAAUAAAUCG